GAAUGUUAAUCUAUCUCGAACGCUGAUUUUUCGCUCGCAACCAACGACGCCGACACCGAAUUUCUGCGAAACACGCUCUUUAACGCUGUCGCUUUAUAAUACUGUCACUGAUGUCUCUCUACUACUGUGCCGCGUCCACAGAUGUACCCGCUGGAGUCCUACAACCCCCGCUGUACUCUCUAAACUAUCCAAGAGCUGUCAACUGGGGUACAGUGGGUGUCAUGAUCGCCCGUGAAAUGGCACGAGUUUUGCAUGCACCAGAGCGUCUCGAGGAUGGCACAUAUGGUGGUGCUUCUCCUCUGCGUAUUGAUGUAUAAUUCAAACACGGUGGGCGCAGCUUCUGGAGCAAUCACACUGAAUGACGAAGGUCUUACAAGACUCCUGGAUUCGAAGGUCGAUCCGUGCGCCAAUUUCUACAAGCACGUGUGCGGCACCACUCGGAGAAACAGUUCAAGACUGGAACUCUCUCCUUUUCCCGGGUCACUCCAAGCCCGGUGGUUGGAAAUCCAAGAAGACAUCUCCAGUUUGCUGGAAAUGCCGGACAAUGUGGGCUCUAGAAGUGCAGAGAAAGUCCUUAUGGCCUUUAAGUCUUGCAUGAAAGAAGACAGCGCCCAUGAUGUGGACAGUCUGAAGGACUUGCUGACUGAUUACGGAAUUUCUGACUGGCCGGCAAGGAGCGGUGGCACUGACGAAGUUUGCGAUGGAGGAGACGAUAUGAGUUUGCCCGAACUGGAAGCCUUGUUCCACUACGACAUCGUUCAAGACAAGCACGACAAGUCGGGACAUAUGCUUUCGGUUGACAGGGCCUCUUUACCUGUUUUAUACGGAAGUCUAUUGGCAAGCAAUAAAGACCCUGAUGAUGAAGUGCAGCCACUUGAACGAGAGCGAGCCCCCAAAUCACGAGAAAACCAAAAAGAACGCACGCAAGGAAAGCAGGAAGCGGCUGGAAAGGUGUUCAGUAGCAACGGAAGCAAUGCCGGCAGUGAGAAUGAGGCAAGAGGUCAAGACCUUCGAAGCUCCGAAAGACGCAUCGUGCAAGAGUAUGAAGUGUACAUUAAAGCAGUGAUCAAAUCCAUGAACGAAUUAGACAGCUUCGAAUCGACGGAGCCAGCGAAAGAAAUAGUUCGUUUCGAAACGCAAUUGGCCAAGUUUGCUAAAGCUGACACUGCGCCUCAACGAAGGAGUGCGAUCUACACAUCAUUAAGGAGAUUGAACAAAGAAUACCCUACGAUAUCUUUGUCGACAUACUUCUUAGAAAAACAUUUACGAAAGAAAGGAAUAACACUCCAGUACGACACCAAGAUCUACAUUGCUGAACCGGCAUACGUCGAAAAUGUAUUCGCCCUGCUACGCAGAACAAGAAGGUAUCAAGUAAAGAACUACGUAGGUUGGAAAAUUAUAGCAACUCUUGCACCUUUCGUGAGCCCGUUAAGAGCUCAUCAUCAUAAAUUUAUGGCUGAAUAUGGUUUCCACGAAAAGAGGAAGCAAGACAUCUGUACGGAAAGCAUAGCCGCUAAAGCAAGCCCCAUGAGACAUCUGGUCAGCAAGACGUACGUUGAAAGAAAAUUUUCCCUGGAGGCCAAAAAGAACGUUCAACUGAUGUCAGAGCUGAUUCAAAGAGAAUUAGGCACUUCGCUGAGUAACUUGAGGUGGAGGACCCACCAAGCCCGAAAAACGGCUUUAAAAGCGGUCACAGAGAUGGCCAAACUGAUCGGCUACCCCGACUGGAUGGACAACGACGACACUGGCAGGACUUUUCAGCAAUGUACGUAACUUUACCGAACAGUCACCCUUCGUAAAUGUUUACGAAGAGUACAGGAUGGCCUCAUUUCACGACCUAAUGAAAAAGCUGUCUACGCCUUACUCGACG